AUGACUUCAGCUCUACCACCUCAGCCCGCCAAGGUAGACCUGUCCAAGAAACUCUCAGAGUUGCGGUCAAGCAACCGGCGAUCUCAGACCGCUUCGUCUAAAGACCCAACCCCAAUCACCCCUCCUCUCCCUUCGCCGCCAGACCUGUCCGCCCACACGUACACGCGCCCUACCCGCCGCAUCCUCUCUGCGAAGGAUCAUGAAUUAUCCCUCUCCUCUCCCACCUAUAAGCUAGUGCUAGCAUUCAUUUUCCGCCUGUCCGACUCUGUCCGGGGGCUUUCCCUCGUCGACCUGCGCAACAAACCCACCUCCGAUGCCGUCCCCAAGGUCACGAAGUUGGUGGGUCAACUUAAUACCCUCGUCGAGAAACACCCAGCACUUGAUCAGGGUGGGUCACGAUUUGGCAACCCUGCAUUCCGAACGCUCUUCGACGACGUCGCCACUCAAAGUGCAGCCUGGCACCGAGACAUUUUGGGUGUCACGGACUCCGCUGCGGUCGACGAGGUAUCCACUUAUUUGAUCCAUUCGCUCGGUUCAAGGGACCGGUUGGAUUAUGGAUCAGGACACGAAUUGAACUUUAUGAUGUGGCUCCUGUCACUUUACCAGCUGGGUCUCCUUCCAGCUGCAGACUUCCCGGCCAUGGUCUCCACCGUGUACAUCAAGUACCUGCAUCUCAUGCGGGAAAUCCAGUCUACAUAUUACUUGGAACCCGCUGGGUCGCACGGUGUCUGGGGUCUGGACGACUAUCACUUCCUUCCUUUCUUGUUCGGUGCAAGCCAACUAGUGAACCAUCCUUACAUUACGCCUCUGGGAAUUCAUAACACGGCACUGCUGGAUGAGGAAGGAGACAAGUACCUGUACCUCGACCAGGUGCGAUGGGUGGAUAGUGUAAAGACCGUCAAGGGUCUGCGCUGGCACAGCCCGAUGCUGGAUGACAUUUCGGGGGCGAAGAGCUGGCUCAAGGUAGAGAGCGGGAUGAAGAAAAUGUUUGUCAAAGAAGUUCUAGGCAAGCUACCCAUUAUGCAGCAUUUCCUGUUUGGGAGCCUGUUACCUGCUGCUGAGGGGAUGGGUGAGCUCUCUGAGGAAAGCGAGGAUGUGGAUGGCCACGACCAUGAUCACCCCCAUGGACACGCACACACCGAUUACUUUGGCGACUGCUGCGGGAUCAAAGUACCGAGCACCGUGGCUGCAGGUGCAGAGAUGCGCAAGCGCAUGGGUGGGUCGGGGCUACGCCCAAUCCCGUUCGAUUAA